GGGCGUAGAAAGGAGGCCAUAUUGUACAGUUAAAUUGAAAGGGAGAAAAUAAUUAAUUGUAUUAUUUUAGACUGGGAACCGUCCAGUCACAGUAAUUUUUCAAGUAAAUACCCGUGCAGCCUGUCUAAAUAAUAUACCGAUCGGUAAUCGGUGGUCAUCGAUAAAUCGCUCCUAAAACGACGAGGCUUUUGUAAAAUAAAUACAGACAGCGACGUCGGAAUAUUUCUUGCGUGUCCGUGAUCGGAGGUAGAGGAACAAACGUCGUCGUCGUCCGCAACGAAACCAAGGGAGGAGUUCGUUGCUACCGCGGAGAUGGGGACUCGAGACGACGAGUACGAUUAUUUAUUCAAAGUUGUCCUAAUCGGAGACUCAGGAGUAGGAAAGAGUAACUUGCUCUCACGCUUCACACGUAAUGAGUUCAACCUGGAGUCAAAAUCGACCAUAGGUGUUGAGUUUGCUACGCGCAGUAUAGAAGUAGACAGCAAGACUAUCAAAGCUCAAAUAUGGGACACUGCUGGACAAGAACGUUACCGAGCUAUUACCUCAGCGUACUACCGCGGAGCAGUUGGAGCAUUAUUGGUCUAUGACAUAGCAAAACAUUUGACGUAUGAAAAUGUGGAGAGAUGGUUGCGAGAACUUCGGGAUCACGCAGAUCAGAACAUAGUGAUUAUGCUGGUGGGCAACAAAUCCGACUUGAGGCACUUACGAGCAGUUCCUACCGACGAGGCUAAGGCAUUUGCGGAGAAGAAUGGCCUCUCUUUUAUCGAAACAUCCGCUCUGGAUUCGACCAAUGUUGAACUCGCUUUCCAGAAUAUCUUAACAGAAAUCUACAGAAUCGUUUCUCAGAAACAAAUUAGAGAUCCUCCCGAAGGUGACACUAUCCGGCCGCAAAACGUAGAGCCAAUCGACGUUAAACCGACGAUGAACGCUGACGGAAUGCGCAAGCAGUGUUGCCAGUGACUCGCCUUACUGCUUUCCAUAAGCGGUUACAUGGUGGGCUGGAGGGAGAGAGUGGUGACUGGUGGUAGGUACAGCGGAUGCGUGGUAGGACGCGGACUAAGACUAUAUUUUCGAUCUUGUAUAGGUGUAGAAGAUCUUUUUUUGGUCUGUUGGUUUAAAUGGCAGAAAAAGAUUCAAUUCUCCCGAAAAAGCGACGUACAAGAUAAAGAAUUCACCGUGGCCGGCACACCAUUCUGCCCUCUAUUCAAAUUUGUCUUAUUUACUACUAUACAUAUACAUAUAUAUACACAUAUAUAUCUACACUAUUAUACAUAUAUGUAUGUAUAUAUAUAUAUAUAUUACGUUAUGAUAAUUAAAUGUUGUAUUACCGCUUCUUUGUAAUACAUAUAUAAUUAUUCUUCUCUACGCAUAGUGUGAUGAUCACGAGUACAUAUACUAUAAACAAUUUACAAAUAAUAACACAAUUACAAUGAUAAUUGUGCAGAGCAGACGUCGUAAUGAAAAUACUAAAUAUCAAUAAAGACGAAACGACGAAGAUGGGAAUGACUCCAUGUUGAUCACUACUUGCUCUCGCGCGCACGUAGUAGAAUUAAAAUAAAAUGAUACGCGCAAGCACUAAACUGUAUGCUUUUCGACUUUAUUUUUUACAAACAGCUUCGUGUCCAGAAAAUUGUGUGAAAUAUUAAUUUAAGAAAUGAAAAAACAAAGGUAAAAAAAUAAUAAACAAUUUCACGUAGACAUUUAAAUUUAAUUUAAGAUUGCGACCAGGAAGACAUUUUGAGCAUGUACAGAUAAAUGAUUGAUUGGUUUGAUACGCGUGUAGACGCGUUGCAGAUUGCGAGAACCAUCUUUGUCGUAAAAUAGAAUGACUUGGAACUGAAUGAAAUAAAUCGAAGCAAAGGCAACAGCGAACAACACGUUGUGGAACUUGAAAUGUCUAGGCUUCGCGCACUACACGAGAGAUUAACAACUCCUAAUUACUAUACAAAACAUGCUUUAGAAGAAAUAAAGGAAAAAAAUCUUGAGAAAAAAAAAAUUAAAAAAUUAAACACACUGUUAUGAAAACCUUA